UGUCGCAGUGAGCUGUGAACGCACCGCGAGGCAGCGACCAAGAGUCUUCGAGAGACCUGGAGAGUCUUUUUGAGAGUCCUGGAGAGUCUUUGAGAGACCUGGAGAGUCUUUUUGAGAGUCCUGGAGAGUCUUUGAGAGACCUGGAAAAGUCCUGGAGAGCCCUGCAUGUUUUGCGGCCCCCCUGAGGACAGCGUGAGGACAUGGACGGACUCCGACACUGAGCCACUGAAGGUGAGUCCAGGUGAUGGAGCCUCAGGCCGUGGCGUUGCCAUGGAAACACUGUAUCCCCCUGACCCUGCUGCUGGUCCAGCUGAGUCUCUCUGACGGUGCAGCUUCCUGUCAGAUCUUGAGAUGCAACUCGGACUUUGUGGCGGCGACCUUGGACCUGAGCAGCAGCGGCGGAGCAGCAGGAGGCGGCACAGCUUUCAGCCGGGAGGCCGUGAACGCUGGUUACUGCAGCGCCCUGCGCUCCUACGCCAUGUGCACUAAGCGGAUGGCGCGAGCGUGCCGCGGCGACCUGGCGUACCACUCUGCGGUCCAGGGCAUCGAGGACCUGCUCAUUCAGCACCGCUGCCCGCGGGCGGGGCCCACUGCCCAGCCGCGGCCCCUGCCUCAGGGCACGCUGUCGGGGGACGCCUGCCUCUACGAGAGAAGCCUGUUCACCAGGGAGGGCCGGACGCCGGAGUACCUGCACUGCAGCGUGUUCGGAGACACGCACGUUCGGACCUUUAACGACGACUUCCAGACUUGUGCCGUGCAGGGGGCGUGGCCUCUCAUAGACAACGAGUACCUGUACAUACAGGCCACCAGCGCGCCAACCAGGGGGGCAGCCCACGCCACCGCCCUCACCAAGAUCAGCAUCAUCUUUAAGAGCUGGCGUCAGUGCGUCGACCAGCAGCUGUACCAGGCCGAGCUCGAUAACGUCCCCGCCGCCUUUGCCGACGGCUCCGUGUCGAGCGACGAGCGGCGAGGUCAUCACAGCCUGACGGUCCGGACGCAGAGCCCCGGCCGACACGCAGAGAUCCGAGCGUCUCACAUCGGCACGCUGCUGGUGGUGCAUCAGAGCGGGCGCUCGCUUGGCCUGUCGGUGCGCUCGCCGCGCGACAUCGUGGAGGCCUUUGGGCCUGAGCAGGACCUGCAGCUGUGUGUGUGGGGCUGCCCCGCCGCACAGAGGCUUAACACGGUCCGCCCGCCACCGCAGGACUCCUCCUCUUCGUCCUCUGCCGCCGCCAGGGCUCACUGCGGCGCACUGCUUCCUGCCAGAGACGCGUACUACCAGGCCUGCGUGUUCGACCUGAUCACCAGCGGUGACCUGAACUCCAGCGCGGCGGCCGUCCGUGCGCUGCAGGACGCCACGAACAUGAUCUCUGACACGCAGAGAGUUCACCUGCUGUCCGUCGCCUCCGUCGCACCGCGCCAGGCAGCGCCGCUGAUGCCGCUGCUGCUCGGCAUGCUGGGAACACUGACCACACUGACCACAGAGCUGUGUAACAUGUGACGACCUGGAAACGGCGAAGGUCAUGUGAUCGACCCACCAGAUCUAAAUCUGAGAACUUUAUAAAGAAAAACAUUUUAAAUAUCUGAAUCUAAAAGUUUUAGUUCACAGCAGCUGAAACUUCACUUCAUUAUCACAUCAACACAAGUUUAUAUUACAAGUGUUCAUGCUUAAAUAUGUACAUGAGGCGUUAUGUAAUGUAGCUGUUGAGAGUUUAAAUCUACACGCACACACACACACACACACACACACACACACACACAAAGUUAGAAACAUGAACUCUGAUGUUCUCAUGUUUGCUCUCAUCUGACGAGUUAUAUGAACUGCUGCGUGAACAAACAUGUUUUCCUUGCAGAGCUCAUUGCUGUGUUGCUCAUUGCUGUGUUGCUCCUGUUGAAUGUUGCCUCAGCGUGAGAGAAACGUCAGCGUGAUGAACUUUAGCUGGAAGUGUUCUGAGCUUCAGUCAUGUGAGCUGUUGCAUUACACGUCUUUAAACAUUUGAAAAGAAGCGUUGCAUAAGAAUAAAAUGUUUCACAGGAAGGGGUAGUCACCUCGGUCCCUGGAAGUAGACCGAGCCGGGAGCUGACUGGAAGUGUGUGUGUUUGUGUGUAUGUGUGUGUGUGUGUGUGUGUUUGUGUGUAUGUGUCAGAGGAAACCUGCUGAAGGAAAAAUACUGAGAGCUGCUGCAGCACGGAGAGCAUAUAUUAAUAAAGUGCAAAUAUUAGCAGGUGAUCUGUGAGGUGAACAUUCACUUCUUCAGAGUUCCUCUUUGUGUUAAAGUAAAUGACUUGUGACAUGAUGAGUGUUGCUGUAGUUUCUCUUCAUCAGAGCAGCUGAGGAGAUGCAGAGCCUCUCUGAUGCUUCCUCACGUAAUAACAUAUUCACACUUCACUGUCUUCACCUUUCUGAGCAUGAUGUAGUAUUAAAACAUGUUUCCGGCAGCAGCAGGUCUCGCCUGCUGCUGCAGGUCUCGCCUGCACAUUCUGUGUAUUGGUUUAUUUGUAUUUAAGUCCCUUCAUACACACUUCAUACACACUUCAUACACAUACACACUUCAUACACACUUCAUACACACUUCAUACACACUUCAUACACAUACACAC